AUGUCUCAAAACCCCGAGUCCGUCAACAUUAUCGCCAAGCACCUCCACCUCGAGGCUACCGAGCUGAACGGGCUCACAACUUCGCUGAUCGCGCUCCAACUUGAUCACAAGGAGCGCCUUAGCAAGCUCGCUAAACUUGAGGAGAGCGCUGUCGCCAGAGAAAAGGAGCUCGCCGACGGAAAAGUCAGCAUGCUGAUCGACCAAGACACAAUCACCACUAACUGGAUCGAGAUCGCUGGGGCUGAGAAGAAGCUCGAGGAGCGCGAAGCCGUCGUCCCUAACGACGACGCCGAUGCGACCCCGGCAAUCAAUACAGAGACUUACAAGGACAAAGUCAAGAAGAAGCACCGGGAGCUAGAGAAGAAGAUCGCAAAGACGACGGAGGAGAACGCUGAUAUGGCCGAACGUGUGGUGAAGAAGAACCUACCUUCGAUCGCUGUAGGCACGGCGACUAUGCAAGAGACACAUCUUCUAGUAGUCAGCAAUUCAUUCAGGGUCACUACAAUUUAUGUUUGUGUUCAUACAGAUUUGUUGGUAGAGGUUUUGGAGAAGGGCGAGAAAGUGGACGCAUUUGAUCGGGAUCGCUCGAUUGAGGUCGCUUGUCUGGCUUUGCUUGCGGUACAAGGAUUGCGUCCGGAGGAUCAGGAGGCUUAG